GGGCGGGGCUCGUGUCGCCGGCGCUCAGCUCGCGGUCAUGGAGGCGCCGGUCGGCUUGCUGCUGCUGCUGUGGCUCGGGGCCUUGACCCCGGCGCCCGGCAGCGCCUCUUUGGAGGUUCCGCCGCUGGUCAACGAAGACGUGAAGCGCACGGUGGACCUGAGCAGCCACCUGGCCAAGGUGACGGCUGAGGUGGUCCUGGCGCACCCGGGCGGCGGCUCCACAUCCCGAGCCAGCUCGUUCGUUCUGGCCCUGGAGCCGGAACUCGAGUCGAGGCUGGCGCAUCUCGGCGUGCAGGUAAAAGGAGAAGAUGAGGAAGACAGCAACCUAGAAGUACGAGAAACCAAAAUUAAAGGGAAAAGUGGGAGAUUUUUCACAGUCAAGCUUCCAGUUGCUCUUGAUCCUGGAUCCAAGAUCUCAGUUGUUGUGGAAACUGUCUACACCCAUGUGCUUCAUCCAUAUCCGACUCAGAUAACUCAGUCAGAGAAACAGUUUGUGGUAUUUGAGGGCAACCAUUAUUUCUACUCUCCCUACCCAACAAAGACCCAGACCAUGCGAGUGAAACUUGCCUCCCGAAAUGUGGAAAGCUAUACCAAGCUGGGGAACCCCACACGAUCUGAGGAUGUCUUGGAUUAUGGACCUUUCAAAGAUACCCCUGCCUACAGUCAGGAUACUUUUAAAGUACACUAUGAGAACAACAGCCCUUUCCUGACCAUCACCAGUAUGACCCGGGUCAUCGAGGUUUCUCACUGGGGUAAUAUUGCUGUGGAAGAGAAUGUGGACUUGAAGCACACAGGUGCGGUGCUGAAGGGGCCUUUCUCCCGCUAUGAUUACCAGAGACAGCCUGACAGUGGCAUCUCCUCCAUCCGUUCUUUUAAGACCAUCCUUCCUGCUGCUGCCCAGGAUGUGUAUUACCGGGAUGAGAUUGGUAAUGUUUCCACCAGUCACCUCCUAAUUUUGGAUGACUCUGUGGAAAUGGAAAUCCGGCCUCGAUUUCCUCUCUUUGGAGGAUGGAAGACACACUACAUUGUUGGCUACAACCUCCCAAGCUAUGAAUACCUCUACAAUCUGGGUGACCAGUAUGCCCUGAAGAUGCGGUUUGUGGACCACGUGUUUGAUGAGCAAGUGAUAGAUUCUCUGACAGUGAAGAUCAUCUUGCCUGAGGGGGCCAAGAACAUCCAGGUAGACAGUCCCUACGAUAUUAGCCGUGCUGCAGAUGAGCUGCACUAUACCUACCUAGACACAUUUGGCCGCCCAGUGAUUGUUGCCUACAAGAAAAAUCUGGUUGAGCAGCACAUUCAGGACAUUGUGGUGCACUACACCUUCAACAAGGUGCUCAUGCUGCAGGAGCCUCUGCUGGUCGUGGCUGCCUUCUACAUUCUGUUCUUCACCGUCAUUGUCUAUGUCCGUCUGGACUUUUCCAUCACCAAGGAUCCAGCUGCAGAAGCCAGGAUGAAAGUGGCCUGUAUCACAGAGCAGGUCUUAACCCUAGUCAAUAAGAGGUUAGGCCUCUACCGUCACUUUGACGAGACUAUCAAUAGGUACAAGCAGUCCCGGGAUAUGUCUACCCUCAGUAGUGGCAAGAAGAGCCUGGAGAUGGAGCACAAAGCUGUGACCAGUGAGAUUGCUGUGCUGCAGUCUAGGCUGAAGACAGAGGGCUCUGACCUGUGUGAUAGAGUGAGUGAAAUGCAGAAGCUGGACGCCCAGGUCAAGGAGCUGGUGCUGAAGUCGGCAGUGGAGGCAGAGAGGCUGGUGGCUGGCAAGCUUAAGAAGGAUACAUACAUCGAGAAUGAAAAGGUCAGCUCAGGGAAGCGCCAGGAGCUGGUCACCAAGAUCGAUCACAUCCUGGAUGCUCUGUAGUCCUUGUCUCCAGGCUGCCUACCUUUUCAGAUACAGUGCAUAGGUAGAGGGAGGCCUCAAGAAAGAAGAGCCGAGGCCCACCCACAGUGGCCUAAGAAGUUUGUCCCUUAUUUCUGAAUGGUUCCCCUUUUUUAAAAAAAAAAAACCAAAAAUCCUGUAUAAAAAACAAAUAUGGUUUGUUUUGAACAAGGCAGGCAUUUCAGUUGAUUUGGUUUGUUCUGAGGUGUUGGGCGCUGUUUCCAUGUAUAUGUCCUGUUUUAUGCCCUUCUGAUUCCUAACUUUUGGUUCUCUGUGAGUGUAUGCAUGUUUUUUUAAAGUGUGUAUGACCAAAUGAAAAUAAAGGAGGGACUGUGAACAAA